CUCCUUCUCCAGAGUCAGUGCGCGCUCAACCUUCGCGUGGUGAACAGCAAAGUGUGUGCUUGCCUCCUGCUCUGUCAUGCUCUGCAUCUGAGAGCGACGACUUCCAUAACUAUUUAUUACUAUUGUGAACUAUGACUGGACAACAGCAGCAGCCGCGGGCGCCUCCGCCCUCCCAGACUCGUGUCAACGGAAGCAGUACCUUGGAAAUGGGCAAUAGCAAUCAGGAGCUGUUGUCGAAAGGCAAAAAAGGGAAACUGACAAUUAUCUUGAUUAGUUUGAUAAUUGUAGCGGCUCUAGUCACCUUAAUAUUCAUCUCGUUAUCAGGGCCGACACCUGAGUUCACAAAGGAUGCCAGCCCUCUCACUCUGCCCGUCAAAAGCAUCGCUCUCGACGAUUUCCUGCUUGGAAAGUUGACUCCAAACAGAUUCAAUGGCACUUGGGUCUCAGACAAUGAGAUCCUGUACAGAGACUCAGAAUUGAAUGUUAUUCUGCUCAACGUAGCCAAAAGAACAAGGAAAGUUCUUCUAACAAGUACAGCAUUUCCAGUAUUAAACAAUGCUUUUAAAUUUGAGCUUUCUGCGGAUAAAAAGUACUUAUUUAUCGCUCACUCAUAUCAAAGGCUUUACCGGCACUCGUACGUAGCUUACUAUGAAAUCUUCAAUUUAGCGACCAAAACUUCGAUUUCAAUAAGUGACACGAUGGGGGCCCCGAGGCAACUGCAGCUUGUCACGUGGUCACCCGUAGGCAAUGCAUUGGCUUACGUAUACAUGAAUGAUAUCUUCUACUGGCCAAGUGUGGAAAUGUUCAUGCAUGAAGUCAGAAUAACCCGCAACGGACGAACACACACAAUACACAAUGGAGUGCCCGACUGGGUCUAUGAAGAGGAAGUGUUCGGUGGUAAUCAGGCCAUGUGGUUCUCUACGGAUGGAAAGAGAUUGGCUUUUGCAACUUUCAAUGACACAACAACACCAGUAAUGACGAUACCAUAUUAUGGAUCUCCAGGAAAUUUUGCUUUCCAGUACACACAAUCUGUCAAUAUCAGAUACCCAAAGCCAGGGAGGCCAAAUCCGGAGGUUUCGCUACAAGUCGCUGAUCUAGAAAGCAUAAGCAUGCAAAUCGGAACAAGUCAAAACAUCAAAAUGACUUCCAUUCCACCUCCUUCUGAGCUUGCUCACUCGGAGCCGAUUCUACAGAAUGUCGUGUGGUCGAGUGAUACUGAUCUAGCAAGUAUUUGGAUGAACAGAGUACAGAAUAAAGCUGUGUUCAAACUAUGCUCUCUAACAACCGAUCCCUGUAAAAAUAUUCUGUCACUCGAAGAAUCCUCAGGAUGGAUUCAGAUGGCUGAUAGUAAACCACUCUUCUCAUCAGAUGGUAAGAGUAUGGUAUUCAUCUACUCGUCAGACCAAGGUGACAACGCCGGAGCCUACAGGCAUCUGCAAUUGGUUGAUCUCACGACGACUGCAGCGAAACCUGUGCCUUUGACCAAAGGAAAGUUCACUGUAACCGAGUUACUUGCAUGGGACGAAGCUAACAGAGAAGUAUACUUCUUAUCGAAUCUGGAAGGACUUCCUGGACAGUUAAGAGUCAGCAAGGUUUCUGACGACCCUAGGAAUAGUCCUCACAAGGAGAUUUGUGUUUCCUGCAAAAGUCUCACCCACGAUGGAAGAAAGUGUCUAUAUAGCGGAGCAUCAUUCAGUAAAGGUGCAUCGUAUUACACGCAAACAUGUGCUGGGCCUUAUAUUCCUGAAAUAAGGAUAUUUGAAAAGAACGGUAAAGAGAUUAUGUUAUGGGAUGAGAACGAUGUAUUGAGACAAAUGCUAAGCGACGUUACCCUGCCAACGGAGAAGCUGCUCACUGUUCGUUUGAAAGAUGGUUUUGAUGCUCAAGUAAAACUGCAAUUUCCUCCGAACAUGGACAUGUCGGGAAAUACAAAAUAUCCUCUUCUCAUACAUGUAUACGGUGGUCCGGACUCGAAUCUGGUGAACGAGAGAUUCAACUUGGAUUGGGAUACGUAUUUGACAGUGAACAAGAGUAUCAUUUAUGGAAGCAUUGACGCUAGGAUGUCUGGACUGAAAGGAGACAAAAUGCUCUACGCCGGCUACAGGAAACUAGGAACUGUUGAAGUGGAGGAUCAAAUCAAUGUUACCAAAUACCUUCAAAAUAACUUCAACUUUAUCGAUGCACGAAACACAGCGAUAUGGGGAUGGAGUUAUGGAGGCUAUGUGACAGUUAUGACAUUGGCUACAGAUAAAGAUGACGUAUUCAAGUGUGGCAUCGCGGUUGCACCAGUCACCGAUUGGAUCUAUUACGAUACAAUAUACACGGAAAGGUAUAUGGGUCUACCCACAGUGGAGGAUAACUUGGAAGGCUAUGCAAACGCAGCCCUUUUUGGCAAAGUGGAGAAUCUCCGCCACAAAAGUUUGUUUCUAGUCCACGGCACUCUUGACGACAAUGUGCAUUAUCAGCAAUCAAUGAUGUUGGCCAAAGUCCUUGAAGAAAACGACAUUCUUUUUCGACAACAGGUAAGUUGAUAAUAAGUUUGCUUAGCGUUUUUGAAACUCUACAAAACUACCUCAUAAUUUAUCUAGUAUCUAGUAUUCUACGAUCCUUACUAAGGCUCUGAAAUUAAUAUUAUGAAGGCUUGUAAUACUGUAUAUCACUCAAUAUCAUUAUAGAAGUCACAUGCAGCUAAAGACCGAGGUUCACCUUGUAUAUUGUUUUAUAUUUUUAUAAAACAGAAAGGAGUGCGCUAGAAUUGAGGGACAUCAUUUUGAAAUAAUUGUGUAUUGUGGCCUAUUUUAUUUCUAAUAUACAUUAAUGGCCUGUGUAAUGUGAAAUCAGAUAAGCGAUUGGCUGCAUUUGUAGAUGAUACGGAACUCAAAUAUUCUGCUAUUAAUUUUAUACUGAUUCAAAUGUUAAAAUGAGUGCAAUUUAUUUUUUACAUAGUGCACAUUGCUAAUGUAAAUAAUGUACAGAAAAUGUGCCAAAUAGAAAAAAUUGUGAUGUCUGUGUAAAUGUGUUGUAUCUCGAUUGUGUAAAUUAGAAAAAUAUUGUGAUUAUUAUUUCAAUGUAUAUUAUUGUUUGUUAACAAGUUGUGAAUUUUGAAUUUGUGGAUUUGUGCUGUAAGUUUUUAUUUGAAAAAUAUCAAUGUUUUAA